GGAUUAUCGUUGAUAUCGAUAACAAUACAUUGCUUCGUGACGUGUAUCACUUUGUUGUUUAGUUUAGGAAACUAUAUUCGCAAAUUUAGCUUAAAUUAAAUCGAAGAUGUCUCAGUUUGGAGGACCAAACGAUUUCUACAGCUCCGGCCCAGCGGCCGAUGCCAGCUACAACUUUGAUAUGCCCGAGUUUGGCCAGGAACUGAAUUUCGGAAACUUUGACAACACACAGCCCUCGGUGCCCCCUAACUAUGAUAACUAUGCUCAGCCACCAGCCCAGGGAUUGGGCGGCUUCUAUGAUCCUACGGCGUAUUCAGACACAAGCUAUGGUCAAGACAAAAGUGGGAAACAAGGCGGCGGAGGAGGAGCCGGCACAGAAUUCGACGAUGAACCACCUCUCUUGGAGGAACUCGGCAUAAACCCGAAUCAUAUUUUCCAAAAGACUCUGGCCGUGCUAAAUCCGCUGCGCGGCACCGACCAGCAAAUUCUGCAGGACACUGACAUGGCUGGACCGCUGGUAUUUUGCCUCACACUCGGAGGCUUCCUGUUACUGCAAGGAAAGGUGACUUUCUCGUACAUCUACGGAAUCGGUGUAAUGGGAUGCAUCUUCUUCUAUUGCCUGCUGUCCCUGAUGGUCACCCGGUCGCAGGUAACUUUCGGGGCGGUGGCCUCCGUCCUCGGGUAUUGUCUGCUGCCUAUGGUGGUGCUCUCAGGCAUCAACAUUUUAAUCACCAUUCAGGGCACACUCGGCCUAAUUGUGAGCGGCAUCUCCAUAUUCUGGUGCGCCAUAUCGGCCUCGAAACUGUUCGCCACCGCCUUCUCCAUGGACCAUCAACAGCUGCUGAUUGCCUAUCCGUGCGCGGUGCUCUACGGAGGAUUUGCGUUGAUUACCAUUUACUAGGGCCACGGGCUGCCGAUGGCGAUGGCGAUUCAACGUACAGAUCCAGGACAGAUACCCUAACCCCUCUCGCCUACUGUUAUUGUGUUUGCAUGGUUUUAAUUGUCCUGCAAAUACACAUACACAUAGCCACACACACACACAUACCCAGCGUUUGCAACACAACAAAUUCACAGAGAAGAGAAGAACAUGGAGCCUCGAGGAGAGACUUGCAAACAGGGAUAUGAAUAUUUUGAAGAAAAUAAGCGCCGAUUGGAAAUUUGUUUUAUACAUUCGCCUCUUCUCUGUAAUAAAUUUGAUUGCGAAUAAAAAAAAUGGUUAACAAA